GACAGUGCCAUUCAGAUUACCGGCGCGGACGCACGUGCCAACGAAGAUGCUAUUAAAAUUAUAUUUCCUCGCUGCCGUGGUGGUUACGGCGACCGCUCAAGGUUUCAACCCUGUAGUGAGGGUGUCCCAAGGGCUUAUACAAGGCAGCUGGAAGGUUUCCACUAAGGGCAGACCUUACGCUAGCUUUCAAGGAGUUCCCUACGCAAGGCCACCAAUUGGAAAGUAUCGAUUUAGGGAACCCCAACAGCUGAAGCCUUGGACUGGAGUUUGGGAUGCCACGAGGACUCUUUCCUCGUGUCUACAGUACGAUCCAUUCGUCGGAACUAUAACUGGUAGUGAGAAUUGUCUGUUCGUGAAUGUGUACACACCCAAGCUGACUCCAACGGCCUCUCUUCCUGUUAUGGUUUUCAUCCAUGGCGGGGCCUUCAUGUACGGUGAAGGGGGAUUUUACGAUGCCGGAAAUCUGAUGGACAGGGAUAUGGUGGUCGUCACGUUGAAUUAUAGAUUGGGACCUCUAGGUUUCCUUAGCACAGGCGACGAGGUAGCGCCAGGCAACAACGGCUUGAAAGACCAGUCCUUCGCCCUCCACUGGGUCAAGAACAACAUACAGAUGUUUGGCGGGAACCCAGACAGCGUGACCCUCACUGGAUGCUCCGCAGGCGGCGCCAGCGUCCACUAUCACUACCUUUCACCGCUUUCUAGAGGAACAUUCCACCGCGGUAUCGCCUUUAGUGGAUCAGCCUUCGCCUCGUGGACGCACUCAGUGAAACCGGCUCAAAAAGCCAAGACUCUAGCCAGUAUAGUAGGCUGUCCUACGGGUACCAGCAAGGAGAUCAUUGAUUGCCUAAAGUAUAGGCCAGCUGAAGUUAUUGUUAGGGCGCAGAUUGAAAUGUUUGAUUGGAAGGUCCACAUGUUCACACCAUUCACUCCUACUACGGAAGCUCCAGGGGUAAGAGAGCCCUUCCUAUCGCAAUAUCCAUACCACGCCGCUAUUGCCGGAGCCAUGGCGAAAUUACCUCUCAUUACUUCGGUUACAAGCGAAGAAGGACUCUAUCCUGCUGCAGUAUACCAAACGGAGCCCGGAAUGUUAAACGAACUUGAAGCUCAUUGGGAACAAUUGGCGAGCAACAUAUUUGAGUACAACGACACUCUCCCAUUGAACCUCAGAGCGGAUGUGGCUGCGAAGAUCAAAGAGCAUUACCUCGGAGGGAAACCAGUCAGUCAGGAAACAUACCCGCAACUUGUACAGGCCUUAGGUGACCGCUUGUUUGUGGUGGACGUAGGCAGAAUGGCACAAAUUCACGCCCUCAAAACCGGCCAACCUACUUACGUAUACCGAUAUUCGUUCAGAGGAGAGUUUAGUUUAUCGAAUUUAAUGGCGAGGAACGAAAAUAAUUACGGUGUAUGCCACGCUGACGACGUCCUAAGAAUAUUCAAAUACCCAAACUUGAGUAAGAUUUCCGCAGAAGACACCAGUAUUAUAGAAUCUCUGAUCGAUUUGGUGUACAGCUACGCAGCGACCGGAACACCAAAAGUAACUAAUACGGGACUCGAAUGGACUCCAAUCAAGCCUGGUGUUCCAGAGAUUAGUUAUUUGGAGAUAUCUUCGCCAACCGACAUGCAAAUGAAGACCAAUUCAGACUUCGGCCAAAAAUCGUUCUGGGAUAGCUUAGGUUUUAUUGAAAACGAAAAAUACAGUCCCCAUGUCAAAGACGAACUUUAAAGUUUUCAAUAAUGAAAUAACUGUUUCCUUAAAUUAGAAUUAAUGCGCAUUCAAAUGUAUUUAAAAAAAUGAAUAAUUACGAUAAUCAAAUCAAAUUUAUUUCACUUUCAAUACUUAUAGUACGAGCAGCCAUUUUUAUUGUCUUUAAGUUUAGGUCAAUACAGAAAGUAGUUCUGUGUAGAAAUUUACCAAUAGGCACUAACACUAACAUUACCUAUUUAAAAGAUAUAUUGCUGUCUGCUCGACCUGAUCGGAUUGAAAAUUCAGGUUUAAAAAGACCACGGAGACUGUGUUCUUAAUAUUCCUUUUUUUUUCUCAAAAAUCUAUUGAAAUAUAGCAUUCUCUAUGCAUGUACUUUUUGGCGGGAAAGCAAGGUGUUAAGUUAUGUCAAUUGUUUUAUUUACUUACUUAAGUUUUUCUUUAGAUUUAAGCAUGCAACAAUAGUUCUAUUCAGUAACAACUGUGACAGCGCAUAAGAGUGGCAACAUAAACAAAAUCACUGGAUACGGCUUAACGGGUUUUUUUUCAAAAAGCCCUUAGAGCUCAUUUCAAUUUGUCUGUAAAAAGGCUGUAUCACCUUUCAACGAACGUAUAACUCGCAUUGCAGCAAUAUGCAGGACAGCGAAACUUACCUAUACAUGAUUAUAAUACCUCACAAUCAAUAAUUAAACAAUUACGAUGAUGUCCCUUCAUGAAUCUCAUUCGCAAACACUACGGCAUCUGCCUGCGGCAUUUGAACCGUGGUAUAAUCACGUCCCUUCCAAAAUCAAGACGAUUUCUUGAUAGAACCCACGAAGCAGUUAAAUACAUUUGUAUGGACUAAAUGUCACCUGUCUUCAUCUUAAAACACUUUAUUUGUUAGAAAAACAGAUCUAGCUUAUGUAACCUUUUAUACUUGCUCUACUAACACAUCCAAAACCAAUUUAUUUUGUAAUUAUUAUUAAUUUUCACAUUACCUAUUUUAUCAGUACUUAAAUAAGGUAUAAUAAAUGAUUUUAUUGAAUGAAU